GUUUUGUUGUACUUUGCGAGACGAAUCUUUUGAGCCUAAUUAGUCAAUAUUUGGACAAUAAUUCACAAAUACAAACGAAACGCUACAGUAUUGCAUUUAUGGCAAAUUGCCAAUUUUGCAACUCCCAACUUGGAAAGUAAACAAGGCUUCACUGGCGAAGUGAAAAAGCAGUUGAAGGAAUAGAGCUACCUGCUCUUAAUUGAUGACAUAUGGUCUGCAAAAACAUGGGGGGAUAUCAGAAAUUGUUUGCCUGUAGAGAACAAAAAAUGCAGUAGAAUAAUAGUGACUUCAAGAUUUCAAGCUGUUGGUUUGGCGUGCUCACCAGUUGGCACAACUAAUCUUCUGCAUACAGUUAAUUUUCUCAAUGCUGUUGAGUCCAAGAAUUUGUUCAAGCAAAGUGUCUAUGAAUCCAAAAGCAGCAAAGAAAGCGAAAAGGUACAGGACAAAGUCUCAGAGGAGAUAUUAAAAAAAUGUGGGGGGCUGCCUUUGGCUAUAGUCACCAUGGCUGGUCUUGUCGCCUGCAACCCAAGCAAGCCCGGUGGUUACUGGGAUGAAGUUUGCAAAUCAUUAUUUCCAGGGAGUGUGACUGCUCUCUCCCUGAAUGGGGUUACGAGGAUACUCGAUUUCUGUUACAAUGAUUUGCCAGAAGAUCAUCUCAAGACCUGCGCAGUGUACUUGAGCAUAUUUCCAAAGGGGUACAAAAUCAGUAUGAAGCGUUUGACCCGGAGAUUGAUAGCUGAAGGUUUUGUUAGUGAGAGGCAAGGGCUGACGGAGGAGGAAGUUGCAGAGACAUACUUUAAUCAGCUCAUGAGAAGGAAGUUAAUACGUCCUGUGGAGCACAACAGCAAUGGAAAAGUAAAAUCAUUUCUAGUUCAUGACAUGGUUCUUGAAUACAUGGUUUCCAAGGCAAGUGAAGAGAACUUUAUUACUUUGGUUGGUGGCCACUGGAUGAUGCCACCACGCAGCAACAAAGUGCGUCGACUCUCUAUGCAAAGCAGUGGUUCCAAGCAUGAGAAUAUGACCAAAAACCUAACAGACUUGUCUCUAGUGCGGGCAGUGACUGUGUUUGGAAGCCUGAAGCAACUGCCUUUCCAUUUAUUCAAUGAAAUAAUAAUACAAGUGCUAGAUCUUGAGGGUUGGAAGGGUUUGAAUGAGAAACAUCUGAAGAAUCAUAUAUGCAAAAUGCUUGCGUUGAAGUAUCUAAGCCUCCGAAGAACAGAGAUUGCAAAAAUCCCCAAGAAGAUUGGGAAAUUGGAGUAUCUUGAAACUCUUGACAUAAGGGAGACACAUGUUGAGGAGCUACCAAAAUCUGUAGAGAAGCUAAAACGGAUCAGUAGCAUACUUGGUGGCAAUAAAAACCCACGGAAGGGCUUGAGGUUGCCUCAAGAAAAAAUUAAGGAACCAAAGGAAAGUACAUCGGCUCAUGAAAAAAGUGAGGACGACACAGUUAUAAGUACGUCCACGCAAGAGAAAAAUAAGGAGGGAAUGAAAGCACUCCGUGUACUGUCAGGGAUUGAGAUUGUUGGGGAAUCAACAGCUGUCGAUGGCCUUCAUCAGAUGAUAGGGCUAAAAAAGCUUGCCAUUUACAAGCUCCAUAUAAAUAAAGAUGAUAAAAUCUUCACACAACUACUCUCCGCUAUUACGUACCUUUUCAGCUGUGGUCUGCAAACUCUGGCAAUCAACGAUGAAGGUUCUGAUUUUAUCAACUCACUGGACUCCAUGUCCUCACCUCCAAGGUACCUCAUCGCCCUUGAACUGUCUGGGAUGUUGGAAAGGCCCCCAAUGUGGAUAUCCGAACUCCACACCCUCAGCAAGUUAACGCUGUCUCUGACAGUUCUCCGGACUGAUACAUUCAAGCUCCUCCAGGUCCUGCCAACACUGUUUUCUCUCACAUUUUCACUUAGUGCGGCAAAGCAGAAUCAGGACAAAAUAAAGGACAUCCUCGAGAAGAAUAAAUCAGAUUCUGAUGGGGAGAUCUUUGUUCCAGCAGGAUUCCCGAGUCUUAAGCUGCUACGCUUCUUUGCACCCCUUGUGCCAAAGCUGGGAUUUGGUGACAAUGCAAUGCCAAAAUUAGAGAUGAUUCAGCUACGGUUUGAAGCCUUUGAAGGUUUAUUUGGCAUCGACACAUUAGAAAACCUCCGGGAGGUGCACCUCAAAGUUAAUGGCCUAGCGGCGGAAUUAAAAGAAAGUGAUGAAGCAGGAACACAUGAAACAGUAGCCCCUGAAAUAAAAGAAAGGAAGGAAGCGGCUGAAAUCACCAGGUUCUUGGUCGAACAUUUGAGGAACUACACUACUGAUAAGCGGAAGGUAAUCGUUGACUAUACCAUCAAUGCUUGAAAUUGCAAAAUAAUUUGGUUGUUGUUUGCUAAAUAAAUAGGGAUGGCAGGUAUAUCCAUCCCAUGGCAGUGUGUAUUUUUAUUUCAUUGUCAAUUUAUUAGUGUUUCGUUCUGUCAUGUAUGGCUGGAGCUGCUACAGCAGGUACACCGUCCCAGUGUUUGUUGGGGUUGUAAUAAAAGGGGAUAUCCCAAAGGAACUAUUGUAAUCUUUAUGUUGUGUUGUACACUAUUUCCUUUUGCUACUAUUGAACUCAGGUAUUAGUUCACUCUGAUGAACUGAUGUACGUCCUGAAAGAUUGCUUGGCUUGGCUUGGCUAUUAUAAGUAAGUAAAUGAAGUAGUAGCUGUAUGACUGCAUAAUUGAACACUGGAGCGUCCAUUACGCCGCCCGCUGUACAAGGAUAGCAACAUUGCCAGUUUGGCAGUUUAAAUAAUUUGUGUGAAUAAAGUCUCAAA